AUGGCUGAAGCAGACGCACAGGCCGGAGAGCCGUCGAACUUUUGCGACGAUGUAGAUUUGAAUAGCGAUGACAGCACUGUCAUGCGCAAGAGCUACAGCGGUCAACGGCCUAUUGGAGUACACCAUGAUUCUUCUUUAAGGACGAGUGAGUUGGCUUCCCCUCCAAUCGUCCGGUCGCGCGAUGUAGAUGCCGACAUGUUUGGCUGUCAG